AUACCAAAAAUAUUCAAUAAGUAAACUACAAGUGAUUAUGGAAGUAGAGAGCAACACUGAUUUAACUGCAUAAAUAGGAUUCAUAGUGUUGUCUCUAAGCUAAGAACACACAACAAAAUUCACUUUCUCACAACUAUAUUUAAGUGUCAUGAUCAUUUAAUUUCACAUAAAAGUUUAUAUUUCUAUCUUAUUUUUAGUCACUUCAACAUGAAGAUUUUUGAGUUGUGGCUAACAUGGGUUUUUGCUCUAAUUAUAUCUUCUAUGGCUUCUGCUGCUAUUGUGGAACGUACUUUCUUGGUUCAAAACAAGACUGUCACACGAUUGUGCCAUGAACAAGUGAUUGUCACAGUUAAUGGACUUUACCCUGGUCCAAAGUUGGAGGUCACAGAAGGUGACUCUGUUAUUGUUCAUGUAGUCAACAAUUCACCUUACAACGUAACAAUUCAUUGGCACGGAGUAUUCCAGCUAUUUAGUGCAUGGGCAGAUGGUCCUGAAUAUAUAACACAAUGUUCAAUUCGUCCGGGAUAUAAUUUUACGUACAAAUUUAAUGUGACGGAACAAGAAGGAACAAUAUGGUGGCAUGCACACGCAUCAGCUGUACGUGCAACAGUUCACGGUGCUCUUAUCAUUCGUCCUCGUUCGGGUCAAUUUCCAUUUCCCAAACCCUACAAGGAAGUACCAAUAAUACUAGGUGAUUGGUAUGAUGGGAAUGUUGAGGAUCUUAUCAAAAAGGAACUCGAAACAGGCGAUAAAAUAGCAUCCAAUGCUUUCACUAUCAAUGGCUUUCCUGGUGAUCUCUUCAAUUGUUCAAAACAUCAUAUAUACAAGCUGAGAGUGAAGCAAGGAAAGACUUACCUGUUCCGAAUGGUCAACGCUGCACUCAAUAACAACCUUUUCUUCAAGAUUACAAAUCACAAGUUCACAGUUGUAGCUUCGGAUGCCGCAUAUACCGAGCCUUAUGUCACCGACAUACUCGUCAUUGCUGCCGGCCAAAGCGCGGAUGUGCUUUUCACCGCCGACCAACCUAAAAGUUCAUACUACAUGGCUGCAUCACCUUAUGUUGUUGGAGAACCUGUACCACUUUUUGACAAUACAACAACUCGUGGCAUUUUAUAUUAUGAAGGUUACAAAAAAUCAAAAACAAAUCAUAAACUUGUGAUGCCAGCAUUACCAUUACACAACAAUACACCAAUAGCUCACAAAUUUUUCAGCAGCAUAAAGGGCCUUGUAGGGGCACCACAUUGGGUCCCUGUCCCACUUGAAGUCGAUGAACACAUGUUUAUCACAAUUAACAUGGGUUUACAACAUUGUCCUUUAAAUGCUACAUGCACAGGUCCAUUAGGGCAAAAAUUCUCAGCUAGCAUGAACAAUGAGUCGUUUGCGCUUCCAGUUGGAAAAGGGUACUCUAUACAGGAAGCAUAUUUUUACAAUGUGAGUGGUAUAUAUACUACAGACUUCCCAGAUAAUCCUCCGAAAACAUUCAAUUUUGUCGAUCCAAAAAUAUUUUUCGAUGCAAAUGUUACAUUUGUGCCGAAAUCGACUAAGGUGAGGAAAUUCAAGUUCAAUUCAACGGUCGAGGUUGUAUUUCAAAAUACAGCAAUUUUGAAUGCGCAAAGUCAUCCAAUGCACCUUCAUGGUAUGAAUUUUCAUAUUUUGGCUCAAGACUUUGGGAUUUUCAAUCCUGCUACAGAUAGAUUGAAGUAUAAUUUGGUGAACCCUCAAAUUCGGAACACGGUUCCUGUGCCAGUUGCUGGAUGGGCAGCUAUUAGAUUUCGAGCAAACAACCCAGGGGUAUGGUUUUUACAUUGUCAUGUGGAUGAUCAUAAUCUUUGGGGACUAGUCACAGCUUUCAUAGUUGAGAAUGGACCAACACCUCCAACUUCUCUUGGCCCACCACCUGCUGAUUUGCCUAAAUGUUAAUUAGCUACUAUGUGUUAGAUUAAUGUUGUUUGUAUAUGUUACAAAUCAAAGUCAAAGUCUCAUGUAUCAGACUUUUCUUUUCAUUAUUUAAUCAGUCAAACAUUUGAGUUAAAUUUUAUGAAAAAAGUAAGACCUUUAGCCUUUAGUUAGGUGCUAGGAUGCAAGUUUUAAGGUCUUAAAUUGAUGAUAUUAAACUGCAUCAUUUGUAAUAAGUGCAGUAAAAAUGUGAAAUGUUUAUGAUUAACCCACCCUUGUUUAUAAUCAUUUAGUUGAAGAUUCAUUUAGUUGAAGGUCUUCUUUCCAAUCAAUAU